CCGCAGCCCCAGCCGCAUCCGCAGCCCGGCCGGAGCGGGCGGCACCGGCACCGAGCCGCGCCGGAGGAGGAGGCGGAGGCGGCGCCGCCGCUCCCCGCACCGCCGCCCCCGGCGCCGCCGCUCCGGAGGAAGGGGGCGGGUCCCCCCCGGCGGGCUCCGCCGCCCCCCGCGCAGCCGGCAGCCCCCCGCCUAGGCGCCCCGCCGCUGCAUGGGGCAGAGCCGCCGGCGCGCCGGCCCCCAGCCCUGCCCGCCGGAACAUCUCCAGGCACUGAUUCGUAGACAAUCCUGGACCAGAGAGGAGCAGCUGGGUGUCUUCAAACCAUUUCCUGUCUUCUAUGAACUUAGAAAAUCAUCUUUCAGCUUCUGGAUGUCCAAGCCUUUCACCUUAAACUUUAAGCUUUACAUUUUCUGCUUGAUAACACAUUACACUCUUGAUCUGUUGUUAUUUUAAGGGGCUGGGGAGCUGAGCUUACUAGCUGACCAGCAUGGCUAAGAUUAGAUUUGUUUUAACUGUUUGCCAGUUGGUGCUAGAAUUGUUAACAAAUUCAUUAACUGAGUCUUCCAUGCAGAGCAAUGAAUGUCCACAGCUUUGUGUAUGUGAGAUCAGGCCAUGGUUUACACCACAGUCAACUUACAGGGAAGCUACAACAGUUGAUUGCAAUGACCUUCGCUUAACAAAAAUCCCCAGCAAUCUUUCCAGUGACACUCAAGUCCUUCUCUUACAAAGCAACAAUAUUGCAAAGACCACAGACGAACUCCAACAGCUGUUUAAUUUAACCGAAUUAGAUUUUUCACAAAAUAACUUCACUAGUAUCAAAGAUGUGGGGCUAUCAAAUCUCACUCAACUUACUACUUUGCACCUGGAGGAAAACCAGAUAACAGAGAUGACUGACUACUGCCUGCAAGACCUUUGUAAUCUUCAGGAAUUAUAUAUAAAUCACAACCAGAUCAGCAGUAUUUCUGCAAAUGCAUUUUCUGGCCUGAAGAACCUUUUAAGAUUGCAUCUCAAUUCCAACAAAUUAAAAGUUAUCGACAGCCGUUGGUUUGAUUCUACUCCUAACUUAGAGAUUCUUAUGAUUGGAGAAAAUCCAGUGAUUGGAAUACUAGAUAUGAACUUCAAACCACUCUCUAAUUUAAGGAGUCUAGUUUUGGCAGGUAUGUAUCUCACAGAUAUUCCUGGCAAUGCAUUAGUAGGCUUGGAUAGUCUUGAAAGUCUUUCCUUUUAUGACAACAAAUUGGUAAAAGUUCCUCAGCUUGCACUUGAGAAAGUUCCAAAUUUAAAAUUCUUGGAUCUCAACAAAAAUCCCAUUCAUAAAAUUCAAGAAGGAGAUUUCAAAAACAUGCUCAGAUUGAAAGAACUUGGAAUCAAUAAUAUGGGAGAGCUCGUUUCCGUUGAUAGAUAUGCAUUAGACAACCUGCCUGAACUUACAAAGCUCGAGGCCACCAACAAUCCAAAGUUGUCUUACAUCCACCGUUUGGCAUUUCGCAACGUUCCCGCUUUAGAAAGCUUGAUGCUGAACAACAACGCCUUGAAUGCAGUCUACCAAAAGACAGUGGAAUCCCUCCCGAACCUGCGCGAGAUCAGUAUCCACAGUAACCCACUCAGGUGCGACUGCGUCAUUCACUGGAUAAACUCCAACAAGACCAAUAUCCGGUUCAUGGAACCUCUCUCUAUGUUUUGUGCUAUGCCCCCCGAAUACAGAGGACAGCAGGUGAAAGAAGUGGUAAUACAGGAUUCGAAUGAGCAAUGUCUUCCAAUGAUUUCUCAUGAGACUUUUCCAAAUCACUUAAAUUUGGACAUUGGCAUGACAGUGUUUUUAGACUGUCGGGCCAUGGCGGAACCCGAGCCAGAAAUUUACUGGGUCACUCCUCUGGGAAAUAAAGUGACUGUUGAAAGUCCCUCUGACAAAUACAAGCUGAGCAGCGAAGGUACCCUGGAAAUCUCUAAUAUUCAGAUCGAAGACUCUGGGAGGUACACGUGUGUUGCUCAGAAUAUCGAAGGGGCUGAUACAAGGGUGGCGACCAUACGAGUGAACGGAACUCUUCUGGAUGGCACUCAGGUUCUGAAAAUCUAUGUGAAGCAAGCCGAAUCUCAUUCAAUUUUAGUUUCUUGGAAAGUUAAUUCCAAUGUCAUGACUUCCAAUUUAAAAUGGUCAUCAGCUACUAUGAAGAUUGACAACCCUCACAUUACCUACACUGCUAGGGUCCCAGUUGACGUACACGAAUAUAACCUCACGCAUUUACAACCAUCUACAGAUUAUGAAGUGUGUCUAACUGUGUCAAACAUCCAUCAACAAACACAGAAGUCCUGCGUUAAUGUUACAACAAAAAAUGCAGCUUUUGCACUAGAUAUUUCAGAUCAAGAAACCAGCACUGCCCUUGCAGCAGUAAUGGGAUCAAUGUUUGCUGUAAUUAGCCUUGCCUCCAUUUCUGUUUAUAUUGCAAAAAGAUUUAAGAGAAAAAAUUACCACCAUUCGUUGAAAAAAUAUAUGCAAAAGACCUCUUCAAUCCCACUGAAUGAGCUCUAUCCUCCACUUAUUAAUCUCUGGGAAGGUGACAGUGAAAAAGACAAGGAUGGCUCUGCAGAGACCAAGCCAACCCAAGUCGACACAUCCAGAAGCUAUUACAUGUGGUAACUCAGAGGAUAUUUUGCUUCUGGUAGUAAGGAGCACAAAGACUUUUUUGCUUUAUUCUGCAAAAAUGAGAAGUUGAAGACUUUUGUAUUUUUGACUUUGCUAGUUUGUGGCAGAGCGGUGAGGACAGGUGGAUAUUUCAGAAUUUUUUAGUAUAGCGUAUCGCAAUUGUUUGACACAAAUGGCAGCUUCAUCUAGCUUCCAACUUUUUUUCUUUCUUCCUUUUUUUAGUUAUUGUGCUAAACUUAACGCUGUUCUAACUACAGUGCUGAAUGAAAUUCAUGAGCGGCUGGGGUGGCCCGGUGACUCCCGAGCAGCACAGCCCCGUUCUUCUGAAGCCAUCAGUAGAGAGUACAGUAUCUUGCAAAGCUAACAUACAGUUUUGAAACUGCAUUGAACUAGUUUUGUAACACUGGUCUAAAGACUCAAACUGAGAAAUGGAGUCCUUGAAUGAUAUUAGCUGACUGUACUGUAAUGUUGUAUCAACUGAUCUGAAUGUUUUUGACUUUGAACAAUGUUUUUUUUUCUUUCUUUUUGUAGUAGUUGACAAGGCUUAGGUAAAGCUAACAGGCAAUAGAAAUACGUACAUCCAAUUUUUUAAUGUAACAGACUAAAUGUUAAUUGUUCUCUUCUUUUUAUUAUAUUUAGUAGACACUUUAAAAGAAUACUAGAGUUUUGUUGUGCUUAAUCCACCAACACAUAGUGUUUAAUGAAGGCAGAACUAUAAUAAAUUUACAGUUUUGUUCUGAUUUUUUAUUUUAGAAGUCACAAUAAUGUAUUGGUUUUAGUUGUCACUAGUUUGACUGGUGAUCAUGUUUUGACAUAAAAUAUAUCAAAAAUGUUAUAUAAAAAUAUUGUGUUU